UGGUAGUAGCCUACUGCUUUUGUACACGACACUGACCCCUAGUGACAUUUAACAACACUGCCGCGUGCUAUGGACAUUCCGUUUGCAUCUACGUGAACCGCGAUAGAGGGCUAGUAAGCAAGCUAACUGUUUGCCUGAUAAAAACAACAUCCUCUUGAUGCGUAAUUGCCUUAUUAAUACAUAUAAUGGUUUAGACGAAUAUAAGCUAUAGUCAUGAAUCUUCGGGGAUUCUUCCAAGAUUUUAAUCCCAGUAAGUUUCUCAUCUAUGCCUGCCUGCUGCUGUUUUCGGUGCUGCUGUCCCUGCGUCUGGAUGGCAUCAUCCAAUGGAGUUAUUGGGCUGUGUUUGCCCCCAUGUGGCUAUGGAAGCUCAUGGUCAUCAUUGGUGCUUCAGUGGGCACAGGCGUCUGGUCCCACAACCCACAGUACAGGGCUGAGGGUGAAACCUGUGUGGAGUUCAAGGCCAUGCUGAUUGCUGUUGGGAUCCACCUGCUCCUGCUCACCUUUGAGGUGCUGGUGUGUGACCGUGUGGAGAGGGGCACUCACUUCUGGCUGCUGGUCUUCAUGCCCCUCUUCUUCGUCUCGCCUGUCUCUGUUGCAGCCUGUGUGUGGGGCUUCCGGCAUGAUCGCUCUCUAGAGUUGGAGAUCUUGUGCUCAGUCAAUAUUCUUCAGUUUAUCUUCAUUGCCCUGCGACUGGAUAAAAUCAUCAGUUGGCCCUGGCUGGUUGUCUGUGUGCCACUGUGGAUCGUCAUGUCCUUCCUGUGCCUUGUAGUGCUCUACUACAUUGUGUGGUCAGUGCUCUUUCUGCGCUCUAUGGACCUCAUCGCAGAGCAACGGCGCACUCACAUCACCAUGGCAAUCAGCUGGAUGACAAUCGUUGUACCCUUGCUCACUUUUGAGAUCCUGUUGGUCCAUAAAUUGGAUGGCCACUACGGCUCCAGCUAUGUGUCAGUAUUCGUGCCUCUCUGGCUAUCCCUGGUGACACUGAUGGCCACGACCUUCGGCCAGAAAGGAGGCAACCACUGGUGGUUUGGCAUCCGAAAAGACUUCUGCCAGUUUCUUCUUGAGCUCUUUCCCUUCCUGCGGGAGUAUGGGAACGUUUCCUACAACCUGCACCACGAGGACGCUGAGGUGUCCGUGGAGAUGCCUGCACACGAUCCGCCAAAAAUAGCCCCCAUGUUCCGCAAAAAGACUGGUGUGGUGAUCACACAGAGCCCAGGGAAGUACUUUGUGCCUCCUCCAAAACUGUGCAUUGACAUGCCUGACUAAAUGUAAAGCUUUGCAACAACUGCUCUAGAGCUUUGAUGGACUUCACAUGCACCAGAGAGCUGUGGUGCACUGACCACCAAUUUUAAGAAGCGGCAGAAGAGCAUAGUUUCCAUGUGGCUCACUCCUAGUGAGCGGUGGGACCGGAAUUCAGACAUGAGUUUUUAGCGAUAACUAAAAACCAUGGCAGAGUUUGUGGAACAAAAGGAACGGUAACACUUUAUUUGGAUACUCCAUCUGUAGAUGCUCUACAGACUAUCGGUAACAUUUCAACUAACUAUCUAC